GCAUCCUACCCAUGAAGGUCAUCAAGGUUGGGUCAAGCGCCCAAUCUCGUAUCGCACAGGCCUGCGAUAGGUGUCGAAGCAAGAAGAUCCGAUGUGACGGAAUUCGACCUAGCUGUUCGCAAUGUACCAGCGUUGGAUUUGAGUGCAAGACUAGCGACAAGCUGAGCCGUCGCGCCUUCCCUAGAGGAUACACAGAGUCGCUUGAAGAAAGAGUUCGAAGUCUAGAAGCCGAGGUCCGAGAGUUGAAGGAGUUGCUCGACGAGAAGGACGAGAAGAUUGACAUGUUGUCAAAACUGCACUCGGCCUCUUCACAAUCGGCCUUUCAGAACUCAGCGCGGCGGCCAUCAGCCUCACCACCAGCUCCCUCACCAAACACAGUUAGCGAAGAUGUUUUUCAAGUCCAACAGACCCUCCAACUUGACGGCAAUGGCACAAACGCCCACUUCGCCGGAACCUCGAGCGGAAAGGCUUUCUAUGACUCCUUCUCGAGACGAGUGCAGGAACUCGGUCGAGCGUCACCAGCAGUCAACGUUCAGAAUCUUCUACCCGGAAGCACGCACAUCGCCCCUCGCGACCCCCUCUCAGAUCCCAUCGUCUGGAAGGCACCCGCCAGACUCGAAUCCGAUCAAUUGAUCGGUAUCUUNUUCCAGGAAUGGGCACCACUCUUCCCCAUUCUUCAUCGCCCUACCUUCCUUGAGCUCUACCAGUCUUACAUGUCUGCUCCUGAGAAUGUCGUGGAUAACUGCAGCCAUGCUCAGCUCAACCUCGUCUUUGGAAUUGCCGCUUUGUCUAGUGGUUCUUUCGAAACACAAUGGCAAGCAGCUAUCGACACGAUACUAUCGGAUCACAGCAUGCCUACUCUGCAAUGCCUUGUUUUGGCACAGCUAUACUGCAUGCAACGUGGCGAUUAUGACAGGCUUCUAACAUACAAGGCACUCGCCGUUACUCUUUCUUCUAGAUUAGGUCUGCAUCAGUCACAAAAGCGUUUUGCUCUUGGUGCCUCCACUAGCGAGAUGAGGAAGAAGGUCUUCUGGUCUCUGUACACCGUUGACUGGUACGUUGAUGAGCACAAAUAUCUUGAUGAGGAUGUCCACUGUGAAGAGCCUCGUGACGCUGAUGAAGAGUACGUUGAUGAGACCGGGUUCAAGGCGCCUUGCCCUGGUGAGUACACUAGAGUGUCCAGUGCCCUCGCACUUUUCCGUGCUGCUCGAAUCCUCUCUCGUGUCUUGGAGGAGAUCUAUCCUGCUCGUUCCUCAUACGAUCUCUCGCUGCAACAGCUUUCGGCAUUGUCGGAAGAACUCGACGCCUGGCACAACGCUCUUGCGCCACACUUGCGCCUUCCAUUCGCAAAUGACAAACCGACUGCCGGAACUGUGAGCAGCCGUUCUCCUUUGCUGGUAUGUCACUCAAGCGUCGCAAUCCAACCAUCGGCUAAUUAUCUCAGNUCAUUAACCUACCACUUCAUCCGUGCUCUCAUCCACCGCCCAGCUGUGUGCGCCUCUCUUGGCCCACGAGCUUCGUCGUCUCUUCUUGCAGUAGCAGGAUCCUCUAAGCACAGCAUUCAGAUCAUCGAAUUGCUGAGUGAGAGAGGGCUAAGUUUCUCAUUCUGUAUUAACAAGGAUGAGCUCCUCGUUCUAUCUGGACUGGGACUUCUUUUCCAAAGUCUGGAACUCGGAGAGAGCAGCAAGCUUGUCAAGGACAACCAGAAGAUGACUUCAACUGUUGUCAAGAUCCUGACUCAGACCAAGGCACCUUCUGCAACUGAAUUCCAGAAACUCACACCUUCAGUGCCAGUUACUUCAGCGCAGCUCACGACAAAACACUACCAACAGCCGAGCUUGUCCCGCCACAACUCCGAUGGUGCUGUUCAUCCUGUGAACUUGUCGAGUCAUGGAAAUUCUUCUCCGACAGAAAAGAAUCGAUUCAAGGCAGCAGCCCAGAAAAUCAUGGCCAAGAAUCCUUUCGAUCGCCAUGAUCAAAGACGGGCGACCUUCCCAAACAUCUCCCUGCACCCCAAUGCAAUUCAGACCCAGAGCCAGCCCAACAUACCCCAGGUCGCGACUUCUGAACCCGCAUACAGCCCCGCCAAUCCUUCCCCCGCACCACUACCCGCGUCCGCCCGACCCUCAGCGCCACCAAACCUAAGACCAGUUCGAUCCUUCCCUCAGCAGCAGCUCAACCUGGACUAUCUCUCCUUCAGCAACGUUCCCACCCGCACGCACUCACCUGAUGCUCACACAUCCAUCAAGCAGGAGCCCUCGGAUUGGGAGCGCUUGCUCGGUUCGUUGGACAACGGACAAACCAAUAUUUUCGACAACAUCUAUGGCGGACCACCUGUUGAGUUUCUCGACGCCCACAACCAUCAAAACGUCAAGCACAUGACGCCCUUGGCUUCAAGCUUACCUAACCCGGCUCCCCAGUGGCACCACUCACCCCCUGAUGUCUGGGCUGUCACAAACUCCGACAUCAAUGCCAUGGCUUGCAGUAUGGCUGGUAGUGUCGCGCACCCCGAGAGUGUCUUUAGCAUCGGCACCGACGACGACGGCACUGCUACUGGCGAUGAACUNUUUGGCAAUGAUUGGGGCAGUGCCAGCAGCACCAACGGUAGCGAAGCCUACCAUGCAGGCAUUAUUAUGCCACAACUGACUCCUGACGAGCACAGCAUGUUGAGCAUGUGGGGCGAGAGCACUGCUGUUCUUCAAGCCUCG